CUCGCAGAUAUCGAGCCAAUUCUCUAGUGUCACCUCUCCGUACACACUCCAAAAAUCGCCAAAAUGAAAACCGUCGCACUUUUCGUCGCCCUCUUCGCCGUGGCCAUGGCUGCACCCCAAUACCGCCAACAAGACGUGAUCGUGACCAAGGAGAACCUCCACAACAACAUCGGCGUCGAGGGAUACAACUACGGCUACGAGCUGAGCGACGGCCAGACUCGCCAGGAGCAAGCCGAAUUCAUCGCCCCACGCAGCGCCAACGAGGAAGGCACCAUGCGCGUCACCGGAUCCUACAGCUGGGUUGACCCAGCCGACGGUCGCACCUACCUCGUCCGUUACGUCGCCGACGAGAACGGUUUCCGCGCCGAAGGAGAUCAUUUGCCAGUGGCUCCAGUAGCUUAA